UUUCAGUGUGCCAAGCAUGUCUCCAGGAUGAAUGGAAAGGGAACCCUCAAUGGUUUUGUAAACAAGCAUGAAGAAAAAGACGAAUAUACCUGGGAUGUGAAAGCCAAUGACAGACAUUAUAAUGAUCAGUUUAAGAAGAAAUGUUUUCUCUUGUUUAAGAAGAGAAAAUAUUCCGGCAAUGCCAUUACGACAUCCAAAUACAAUUUUCUUACCUUUCUGCCACUUAACCUCUACGAACAAUUUCACCGACUUGCCAACUUCUACUUUUUGAUGAUCGUUUUCUUGCAGAGUGUGCCAGCAAUCUCUAAUUUGCCAUGGUUUACUACCAUGCUGCCUUUGGUGAUCCUGCUAGGAAUACGAGGAGCGAAGGACAUAGCGGAUGAUUUUGAACGACACAGGAGUGAUCACAGAAUCAACAGCAGACCUUGUGAUAUCCUUAUUGGAUCAAGUUUUCGCAGGAAACAUUGGAGGGAUAUCCAUGUUGGUGAUCUGGUGCGGCUCUGGAAGGAUGAAUUUGUACCGGCUGACUUACUGCUGCUACACACCUCUGAGCCGAACAGUCUUUGCUUUGUGGAGACAAUGGAGAUUGAUGGUGAAACAAACCUUAAAUACAAACAGGCACUGAUGAUUACCCACACUGAACUUAGCACGGAAGAGAGUCUGCCAGCAUUUGAUGGUCGAGUCAUCUGUGAAGAACCCAACAACAGGCUGCACACCUAUACUGGCACACUGCACUGGAAAGGAGACGAGUUCCCCCUUGACAAUGGGAGGAUGCUGCUGCGUGGCUGCAGAAUAAGGAACACUGAAACCUGUUAUGGGCUGGUCAUCUUUGCAGGUUUUGACACCAAAAUUAUGAAGAAUGGCGGAAAGGUGACCCUGAAGAGAACACGAAUUGAUGACAUAAUGAACUAUUUGAUUAUUGUGAUAUUCAUUAUCCUGGUCGUUUUAAGUUUCUUCCUUGCAAUUGGAGCUGGUGUCUGGGAAAAGCUGAAUGGACAGAAGGCAUCUUACAUUUUAGACAACAAUGCCAAACCCACUGCUGCUUACAGGGCAUUUCUUACCUUCUGGGGAUAUAUCACUGUCUUGAACAGUGUAGUUCCUAUGGCACUUUAUAUGACGCUUGAAUUCAUCCAUUUAGUCCACAGUUUCUUCAUAGACUGGGAUCUUGAAAUGUAUUAUAAACAGACGGACACACCAGCAGCUGCGAGAAGCACCAACCUGAAUGAGCAGCUUGGGCAAAUCGAGUACAUUUUUUCAGACAAGACAGGCACUUUAACUCAAAACAUUAUGACCUUCAAAAAGUGUUGCAUCAAUGGACAGAUAUACGGGACAAUACCAACUGGAGAACCAGAGAUAGUGGACUUCAGUUGGAACAAAUAUGCAGAUGGCAAACUGAAAUUUUAUGACCCUGCACUUUUGGAAGUUAUCCGCAGCAAUCAAGAUACAGAGGUGCAGGAGUUCUUUAGACUGAUGGCAUUAUGUCACACAGUCAUGGCAGAUGAGAAAGAUGGUCAGCCUGUUUACCAAGCUGCAUCCCCAGAUGAAGAAGCCCUUGUUACUGCUGCUAGAAAUUUUGGGUAUGUUUUCUUGUCAAGAACCCAAGACACCAUUACAGUCAGUGAGCUUGGACUGAAGAGGACCUAUGGCCUACUUGCAAUUUUUGACUUCAGCAGUGUUCGUAAACGCAUGUCUGUUCUUUUGAGAGAUCCAGAAGGAAAAAUCAAACUGUACUCUAAAGGAGCAGACACAGUGAUGUUUGAAAGGCUUUGUCAAGGCUGUUUGCAGCAAGAAAUGACUGAAAGAGCACUAGAUAGCUUUGCUGAAGAAACACUGAGGACCCUGUGUGUUGCCUGGAAAGAAGUACCAGAAGACAUCUUUCAGGAGUGGAGCAAAAAGCACCACAGAGCCAGCGUGGCCCUUCAGGGCCGGGCAGAAGAACUGCAUGCUGUGUAUGAAGAAAUGGAGACUGAAUUGAAGCUUCUUGGAGUAACUGCAAUUGAAGAUAAACUACAAGAUGGUGUACCCGAAACCAUUCAGAAACUACAGAAGGGAAACAUUAAAAUAUGGGUCUUGACAGGAGAUAAACAAGAAACAGCAGUGAAUAUUGGCUUUGCAUGCAAAUUGCUGACCACAGAUAUGGACAUUCUUGAUGGACAGGACAUCAGUAAGAUUCUAGAAGGCUUGCAGGUCACAAACAACAAUGAUAAUACAGGAAUAUGGAAUGAGAAAAUCCUGUUUCGACAGCUAAACCUCUCACCAUAUAGCAAGAAGGCACUGGUUAUCACUGGAGAGCUAUUGAAUGAAAUCUUGUCUCCUUUGGGAAGAGGACAGAAGAAACUCUCAUGCUGUAACAUGUGCCAAAGAAUUAUGCACCGAAAGAAAAAGGUAGUGACAGCCCAAGAGAAUGAAUAUCAGUUGAAAGAGAGAGCCUUCAUGGAGCUGGCAAGUAAAUGCCAGACUGUCAUCUGCUGUAGAGUCACUCCCAAACAGAAGGCAAACAUGGUGAAGUUAGUGAAGCGGCAUAAAAAGGCCAUCACACUCGCUAUUGGCGAUGGAGCAAAUGAUGUCAGCAUGAUUAAAACUGCUCACAUUGGUGUAGGGAUUAGUGGCCAGGAAGGAAUGCAAGCAGUACAGGCUAGUGACUAUGCACUGGCACAGUUUUGUUACCUGCAGCGCCUCUUGCUUGUCCAUGGACGAUGGUCAUAUUUUCGUCUCUGCAAGUUUCUCCGUUAUUUUUUCUACAAGACAUUCUCUGGCACACUUGUCCAUGUUUGGUUUUCCUUCUUCAAUGGCUUUACUGCUCAGCCUAUAUAUGAAACCUGGUUCAUUCCCCUCUACACUGUUAGUUACACUUCUUAUCCUGUGCUCGCCUUAGCUUUACUGGAACAGGAUGUCAGUGACAAGAAAUGCUUGCAGUCUCCUGAACAGUACAAGGUGGGACAACGGGAAGAGCUGUUCAACAACAAAAUGUUCUUUCUCAUCUUUUUGCAUUCUGUACUGACUUCCUUGAUGUUGUUUUUCAUUCCAUAUGGAGCAUUUGCCAAAACAUCCGUGUCUAAUGCUGCUUCAGCCUUGGACUAUCAAUGCUUUUCACUUACUAUCAGUACAGCUGCUGUGUUUACAAUGACCAUUGAGGUGAUGUUUGAGAUAACCUACUGGACUGUUUAUUCUGUCUUUGCUGUUGUACUCAGCAUUGCACUGCUGUUUGCAAUGACAUUCUUCACACACAGCCAUAUUCUGCACAAAGCUGAUCCAAACCUCUUCUUGUUUCCAGGUGCAUCCUUGAACGCUUUCCUCCAGCCAUAUAUUUGGCUGACUAUCAUACUGACAGUUGCAGUCAAUAUUAUUCCUUCAGUUAUGAUGCGGCUUUUGAGGAAGUAUUUAUCUUCCCCAAAGAUAGAACAUAAGAGCAGUUAUGAUGUCAAUGAAGUUGAACAGAACACAGUAGAGUUAAAGGUGCACUUCAAGAGAAACAGCACACUGCGACGUUCAGCUUAUGCCUUCUCAUACAAAGAAGGUUACGCUGACCUUAUUACUUCAGGUACAAGCAUCCGAAGGAAAAACCCCGCCCGCUCAAAGCACAGAAGUGGUAUCCUGCCAGUGGCAGAGCCUGAAAAUGUGUUUGUACAGGAAAAAACUAAGGAAAAUGUCUGAGUUUUCCCAAAUAUAGAACUGCUGAGAACUAACUACUAUAAAAGCCAAAACAGAGCCAUCCCCUGUAUCAGGGGCAUUUUAAGCCAUUCUAUAUAGUGUCACCCAGAUGGACUAAAGCUGACUGACAUGAAGGAGGAAGAAAUGUUUGCUAUUGGAGUUACGUGCUUUUCCAUAUUGUACUGACCACCUUAUAUAGAAUUAAACCAAUCUCUUGAGCUGUAUGUUAUUGUUACAGGUUAGCUUGCUGAGAUGUACAGGGACAUUUUUCACUGAGGUCGACAAGAACUUGUUCACACGUUGAAAAUGUGAUAUUCUUCCAUUUCACUGUUGCAGUAUUCAUUACAUUAGGGUUCCCCUGCCAAGGUUGGCACAAUGUCCAGCCAGUAUACCAAAGCCUUUACGUUAAACAAACUGCUGAAUUAAGCACAAACCAAAUCAAUCUCUCAUAACUGCUGGCUAUGAGACAGAGAA